AUGACGUCGGAGCGUUCUCGAAUCCCGUGUCUCUCGGCUGCUGCUGCCGAAGGAACAGGGAAAAAGCAACAAGAAGGAACAGCAAUGGCGACACUGCACCGCAAAGUGCCCAGUCCGGAGGCGUUUCUGGGCAAACCCUGGUCCUCCUGGAUCGACGCCGCCAAAUUACACUGCUCCGACAAUGUAGAUUUAGAAGAGGCUGGAAAAGAGGGUGGCAAAAGCAGGGAGGUUAUGAGGCUUAAUAAAGAAGAUAUGCACUUGUUCGGCCACUAUCCGGCACACGAUGACUUCUAUCUGGUCGUCUGCAGCGCCUGCAAUCAGGUCGUCAAGCCGCAGGUCUUCCAGUCGCACUGCGAGAGAAGACACAGUUCAAUGUGCAGGCCUUCUCCCUCUCCGGCGUCUCCAGCCUCCAAUGCCCGGACAUCAUUAGCACAGGCAAAGACAAAAGCCUGUCUCAGCGGCCAUAACGCUGUCAGCAGCACCUCUAAGCCAUUUAAAACGCCCAAAGACAAUCUACUUACCUCCAGCAGCAAACAGCACACAGUCUUCUCUGCAAAGGGGCCAAGGGAUAAACCAUGCGUUCCAGUUCCGGUAGUCAGUUUAGAGAAAAUUCCUAACCUAGUGAAGGCAGAUGGUGCCAAUGUCAAAAUGAACCCGACGACCACGACCGCAGCCACUUCCUCCUCUGCUGUCACCACCCCACCGUUAAUUAAGCCCGCCUCGAUGUCCAAGCCGGUGCCACCGUCACCAGAGAAGAUCUUAAAUGGCAAGGCGGUUCUCUCGGCCGCCAUCGACAAGAAGCACCCAAACGGCGCCAAAACCAGCAACAAGCCUUACCGGAGACUCUCAGAGAGAGAAUUUGACCCAAAUAAACACUGUGGAGUAUUGGAUCCCGAGACAAAGAAACCUUGCACAAGAUCCCUCACCUGCAAGACCCACUCGCUGAGCCACCGCAGAGCGGUCCCAGGCCGGAGAAAGCAAUUUGACCUCCUCUUGGCAGAACACAAAGCCAAGUCGCGGGAGAAAGAAGUGAAAGAGCACCUCCUGACUUCCACUAGGGAAAUACUUCCAAACCCGCCGCCGCCGGGACCAGUGCCUGACGCUCUGCAAGGGUCUUCCGGGAACGCGGUGGCAGAGCCCAAAGUACCAUCCCCACCAAAAGCCAGGCCGCUCAACUCUGUACUUCCUAGACCGUCAUCUGCAAACAGCAUAAGUAGCAGUACAUCUUCGAAUCAGAGCGCCUACACCCCGGAGCCCCCUCUGCCCCCAGCUGGAGGUGACCUUGCCAGCCGACUGUCCAGUGAUGAAGGGGAGAUGGACGGAGCCGAGGAGUCCGAGAAGUUAGCCUGUCAGUUCUCCGCGCACCACCCCAGACCUCUCGCGUUCUGCUCUUUCGGGAGUCGCCUCAUGGGACGAGGGUACUAUGUCUUUGAUAGAAGAUGGGACCGGUUUCGGUUCGCACUAAACUCCAUGGUAGAGAAACACUUGAAUUCACAGAUGUGGAAGCACAGAAGCCCGAGCCACCGGGCAUCAGGUCCCUCCCCUCUGUUCAGGACUUGCCUAACCAAUCUGCUGUCACUGAGCAACAUUGGGGCUGCCUGGGUGUCAACCCUGGAGAGCGUAGCACCCCGCUGCCCUCUCAGCCUCGGGGCCCAAACUCCAGGCCCUGAUGGGCCCGAACCUGGAGGGAUGGCAGCCGAUGGGGGCAUGGAAGACAUUAGGAAGAAAAGGAACGGCCAAGACUCUUUUUUCUUUAACAAGCAUUUAACUCUGCAUCAGGAGACGCCAACACAGUAUUCUCUUUCAGCCAGGAAGAUCCCUCCUGCGGCAGAUAGCCCCAUGCCCUCGCCAGCCGCCCACAUCACCACCCCUGUUCCAGCACCCGUUUUGCAGCCUUUCAGCAAGCCCAGUGCUGUGUAUCUUCCUUCAGCUCCCAUCAGCUCGAGACUCACCUCUUCUUACAUAAUGACAUCCACCAUGCUCUCAGACGCGGCUUUUGUGGCAUCGCCGGACCCACGCGUCCUCAUGUCCCACACCACAGCUUUUCCCCAUGUGGCUGCAACCCUCAGCAUCAUGGACUCAACCUUCAAGGCCCCCUCCGCCGUGUCCCCGAUACCAGCUGUCAUUCCUUCCCCGUCCCACAAGCCAUCCAAAACCAAAACCAGCAAAUCCUCAAAAGUCAAAGACCUGUCAGCUCGUAGCGACGAAUCUCCAAGUAACAAAAAGAGGAAGCCACAGUCUUCGACUUCCUCCUCCUCCUCCUUGUCAUUGCAGGCUUCCUUCUCAUCCCCAUUGCCAGGGCCCCACAGAAAGAACUGCGUUUUGAACGCCAGUUCCUCCUUGAACUCCUAUCAGGCAGCCCCUCCCUACAACAGUCUGUCUGUGCACACAAACAAUGGGGUGAGCCCACUCAGUGCCAAGCUGGAGCCCUCAGGACGGACCUCAUUGCCCAGCAGCCCCAUGGACAUAGUGAGACAGGUGGGCGCUGUGGGUGGCAGCAGUGGCCCCUGUCCCCUCUCUGUGCCCGCCCUUGCGCUCCACGCGGGGGACCUCUCUCUGGCCUCACACAACGCCGUGUCUUCUCUGCCCCUCUCUUUUGACAAAUCAGAAGGAAAAAAGCGUAAGAAUUCAAGCCCUAGUAGCAAAGCCUGUAAGAUCACUAAAAUGCCUGGUAUGAAUAGUGUCCACAAAAAGAACCCACCCAGCCUUCUUGCACCGGUGCCCGAUCCCGUUAACAGCACCUCCUCUCGGCAGGUUGGAAAAAAUAGCAGCCUAGCUUUGUCCCAAUCCAGCCCUGCAAGCCUAUCCAGCCCAGGACACAGCCGUCAGAAGAACACAAGCAGAAUGGGCAGGAUAAGGACUCUUCCCUAACAAGAUGGUGAAGCCACUUCUAACCAGUUCCGGUGGACAUCCUUCCCAGGAGACUAAGUCGGGAGAAGGGAGGUCUGUGGGGGGAGUGAUUUUUGGACGCUGCUUGUGGCUCUGGCAUUUCUUCUUCUAAUUCUUUUUUUUAACAUGGAUUUUUAGUUGAAUGAAAGAAAGAAAGACAGACAGACAAGGCAAAAGAGCCUGAAUGUGAGAUUUACAGAAACAGUGUUUUCUCUGUUUUCACUUGUCAUGUCUUAUACAUUCUUCCACAUUCGGGGUUACCCCCUUCCUCCUGAUGCUGCUAGUGCACCGUCAUUUUGCUCCUGAGCACAGAGGUGCAAACUGUCGGUUCCAGUUCCGGGUUCCGGUUCCAGGUUGGCACCCACGGAAGCUCUUGAACUUUUAGCGCUUGCAGAGCUCACGCUCUCCCGAGUCCUUUCCCACCCUGCCCUUCCUCUCCACCUCUGGGUCACUGUGCUCCGGAGGCCAUCGGAAGCUGCUAGCUCCCACCCACCGGCAGCUCUGGACCACACGCUGGGGAGGAGCCUGUGCUUGGAGGUACACUGUGGGGUUGGGAGUGGACCUUCCGCAGCUCUCCUUGUCCAGAGCCAAAUGCCAGCCACUAGAGUGAGGUCAGUGGCCCUUUCAUGGUGUGGCUUACUCAAUGCCAAGGCCCAACUGUGCAGAAAAGAUUCACCAGGUCAGGUAGAAGGGUAAAAGGGUAGAAGGGACCUGAGAUGGUGGAACCCAAUGAUUGUGAUGGUCAGAGCUUGUCUGGAAUAUACUCUGAAGAGUCCGUUCCAAGUAGGGCACAGUGCACAGUUUCCUUAAGCUGGAUCAGCCAGAGACAGAAGGCCCACAGGACCUAGGGAAGUCACUUCAUAAGGUGGUACUGUGACCAUAGCUCCUGAAAAUUCUUGAGGUAUCAGGAAGGUUCUGGGGUCAGGAAGGGUCCUCCAGAGACAAGUCUGGUUGCGUGGAGGUUUUGUGCCAAACUCCUUGUGGGAAUAAGAACUAUUACUGGUUGCAAACCCCCACCCUAGAUAAGUUUGCCCUCCAUCCUCAGGGGCUCCAACUCAGACAGACCAACCAGAGAUAGAGAAGAGGCGUGGGCAGGGAGGCACCGGAGCACCACGGCUAUUAAGCCCUUCAUGUUGGAGUCUUGAAAGAAACAGCAGCUCCAAUGGGGAAUGAGAAAGAGAGUUUGGUACACGGAACAGGUACUCCGGCUUUGAUCUGCCAGACGCCCGCCUGUGCCAUCCUGAAAUCAGAAGUGAAUGCUAGUUUUGCCUCUGGGCACACCCCUGUCCCUCCCCAAAGAUGUCCUUCCCAUUCCUCUUCUCCCAACCCAAAGAUCAGACUAAUGUUAAGUCUCACCACAGAGUUGGAAUCUGCAAAGACAGGAGGAGAAAAAAGGAGUGAUGUCCAUCACUGGACUUGCACUGACAGUGUUUCUUACAGGAUUCUUAAAUUUUUAAAUAGAAAAUGAAGAUUUUUUUUUUUUAAGUCGGGAGUUGACGUUAAGCACCAGGACAUUGGUUGGGUUAUUUCGUUUUUCUUUCUCCAGUGUUAAAAGUGCACUUAUAUGCUGGUCAAUUUACGUCGGGUGGGGGGGCUGCAAAUUUAAGGGGUGAUUGUUACUUUUUUGUUUGGGGGAUAUUUGUUGUUUUUUAAGGUUAAGGCAGAUUUUAAGACUUAUAAAUGUUUAAGAAAUUAUAAACAAGGUUAGAUCCAUUGAAAAAAGUUUAGAAGAUAUUCUUAAAGUAAAUUUUUAUAGUGUUAAUUUUGUAAUAAUUUAUGUUUUACUAUAUUACAGAGCUAACUGACCAGAAUAGUUUCAGAAACAAUAUGAAACUUCGGAAAGUUUGAGCAAUGUUUAUAUUUUUAAAAUGUUCUUUGAAUUAUGUUUUUAUUGUACAUUUCUUCAGACUCAAAAGUGUGUAUAUAUCUUUGUUAUUUUUGCACAAUUUUUGUCUUGUUCGGUUUUAGAUGUCUUGUUUUAUAUAUAUAUAAAUAUAAAUAUAAAUACAUAAUUUAUUUUGAGUUGUAAAACUCGCGGGAUUAAAAACAAAACAAGUCUCAGCAACAAAAUAAGCCUCUGGCCCCUAAACUCUUCUAUUCAGAGAGGGAAACCGAAGGUUGAGAGGUGACAUGCUGCUUCCGAGGAACCGCGACUUCACAGAGGCUGAGGGAGCGAGCAGGCUUCAGCAAGGUCCGCCCUGGGUCUUGCACCGGAAGCCGCAAUAACGAGGCUCUCCACCUAAUGCUGCUUACUUUCUUGAGAGACCGCUUUGACCAAAAGGUGAGGACAAUUCCAGAAAACUGAGCAAAAAGGGAAAAACCCCGGUAUCUCUUCGUUCACAGUUAGCCCCGGGUUUACGUUUUGAUGUAUUUUAAAAAAUGCUUGUAGCUAGGAAAAAAACUAAUGGAAUGCAAAGAAAAGAUUUCCUGUGUUUGUUCUCAUGGAUUCCACUGGACCAACACCUACCGCAUCAGGAGAGUCGUCCCUUCCAGUCUUUCUGUUCCCCACGCCCCACUCAGCCUUCCGUCUCGGCCCCUUGGCUGCUCACACCCCUGUCUGCCUGAGGAGCUCCUGACUCGUCUCAGUCUCCACAUAGACCUGUCAGCCAUAUAAAAUUUAAAAAUCAAAAAAUCGAGUUGGAUAACUUGUAUGCCUUCUUUUGUAUCAAUGUACCAACUGUAAAUAACGCUGAUCAGCCUUUGUAGGAAAUAGUUUAUACAGCGUAUUCUAUUAUUGCUGAUUCUCAGUGAACUCUUGUUUAAAAAAAAACAAAAAAGGAAAAAAGGAAAUUUUCUAUUUACACCUUAUAUUUUGUUAUGCCGUCAGCCCAUGGCACUUUAACGAAACUCUGUGGGUUUUAUGUAGCUGGUCAGUCAUGGGGUGAAUUAAAUAACCAUUGUUGCACAGACUAGAAUUUGCACCUGUCCAUUUGUCCUUUCCUACUAACCAAUUUUAGAAGCUUUUCAGAGGAAUUUUGAAGAGAGCAUGUCCGAUCCUACUCAACCAAGGCCACACUCGUGGCGUGGGUUUCUUUUCUAUGAUCCGCAUUUUGUAACACUAAGCAUUUCCCUCCGUCGUCCCGCACCUUUACGGAUUAGCACUAUCAGAUAGAAUCCAUUCCAUGCCUGUGACAUUGUAAGCAAAUACCUGUCCGAAGUAGGUGUAAAUAGUAAACUCUAUGGCUUACAGGUUUUCAAAGAAAGAACGAAACUGUAUCUGUGAUCCUGCUGUGGUCCGCACCAGGUCUGGAAGCUUUUCUCCACUGAACGAUUGUAUUUUUUUUUUUUGCUUUUUUUUUUUUGUAA